UAUCCCCUCUUCACUGUACACCAUUCAUCAUCUUUGUUUUUUGCCGAAGGUAAAACCUCCACUUUGACACAACUCUCUCUUAGAUCCACCCCCAAGGAAUAAUUCAAUUAGUAUGAGUUACUACAAUCAGCAACAACCCCCUGUUGGUGUCCCACCACCACAAGGAUAUCCACCAGAAGGUUACCCAAAGGACGCAUAUCCACCAGCAGGGUACCCCCAGCAGGGUUAUCCUCCUCAAGGGUACCCACCCCAGUAUGCUCCUCAGUACGGUGCUCCACCCCCUCAACAACAACAACAAUCUGGUGGCACUGGCUUCAUGGAAGGAUGUUUGGCUGCUCUGUGCUGUUGCUGUCUCUUGGAUGCAUGCUUUUGAUGAUGGCUAUGUGCUGUAAAUGACUUGUGCAAGUGUUGCUGUCCAAAAUUGAUUCCACCAAUUAUCAUAGACUAGAUUUCUUACUUGUGUUUUGUCCUUGGUGUCCUCUCCUUGAUCUGAAAGUACGACGAUGCACGUUGAUGUGGUGAAGAAUUCAAUGCUUUCAGGUGUCUAUUUGCCAUAUAAUAGGUUAAUGUACAAUGAGAUUCUAUUUUUGUAUGUUUUGGACCUCAAUAUGUGAAGCACGUUGCUUUGGUUAAGAAUUUAAUGUUUCAAGUGUCUAUAA